AUGCUCGAACUAUCCGCGCUGCACUGCAUCUGGAGGACAACGCUGACCUCCCUCCCCUUGAUUGGAAAUUUGUUCCUCUUGCAUUUGACACUCUUGGCGCCCCAAGCGCCCGCACCACAUCUGUACUUGACUCUCUUGCUCGUCAGAUUGCGACUCGCACUGGGACUUUAUUUGGAAAUGCCAAGUCCCGUCUCUCCCAGCGCCUUAGCGACACGAUAUAGUCCAGCGUAG